AUCUCGACGCCAAAUGUUAGCGGGAAAUAAUCCUUAAUUCUGCUAAUGCCAAGUUGUGAUCCUUCGCCAUGAACUCGCAGGUUAUGUACCACAAUGUGCCCACUCCGCCGGGCAACGUGUCCUUGGCGGCAGCCGCUCCCGACGGUGGUUUGCUGUACGCCGGCAUACGCUGCAUCAACUACAUAUCCGCUCCACCAGCGAGCGGAGAACAGCCCCAGGUGGUGACCAUGUCGACUCGCAUCAAUAUCCUGGCUCUGGACGUGAGUCCCAUGUGGGGCAGUGGCGGCGGGCAUCCAGCCAAACCGUUCGCCAUAGUCGGCGAUGACCUGAGCGUUCAGGUCUGGGAUUGCGGACUGGGAGAAGCCGUCAUUGGGCACAAGGCCCACCAGCAUCAGCACGAGGCACGCGAUGUGCGUCCCGUGCACCACACCACCAGCUCCGUGCUGAUGAGCUACCUGGCCAACGGCAACAUACUGUCUAUGGACGCCAGCGACCUGGUCAUCUACUGCGUCGCCUCCAACACCUACUGCCGCCGGCCCACUUUCAUUUCGCCCCGGAACCACCAGCUCACGAUAGUGCGCUGCUCCCCCCACAACGACAACCUAUUUGCCGUGGGAACAGCAAUGGGAAACGUGCUGGUCUGCGACCUUCGCAAAAUGAACAUAGUCUAUAAGUUCCACGGGCACAAGGCGCCCAUAUGCGGCCUGGCCUGGCGGGAAGUGCCUGCCCCACAGGAAGAGCACCUCAACGAUCUUACCUCAAGGGCCGAACAAUGGCGAAGCCGCAAUGGGGAACAAAAUGAAAAGCCCAAGCCGAAGCCACCACCUCUGUCGAAAUCCAGAGCCGCUGAGUCUGACGACAUGUUCGACAUUUACAACUUUGAUCACCUGGAGUGCGAGUUUGGAGCACCUGUUGCUGCGCGACGCCAAUCCUCUGUAGACUGCGAAGGCGGGUUUGUGGGCCUGGAAAAGCCAGCCGGUGCCGCUGCCCUGGAUUUCGUCGAAGCCUGUGAGAGCGUUAAGGCAGAUCUCUUGGCAAAUCGCCAAGAGGAAAAUACCCAUCACGUGGAGGUCACCCUGAACGACUGUGAGCCUACAAAGCCCACUGGUCCGUUAAGUGAUGCCAGUACCAUUAGCAACAAACACGAUGCCAGCGAUUCCACCGAAGGCAGUCUCGAAGUAAUCCAGUACAGCUCCUCGAGCGACGAUGCCGUGAUCGUUGAUGGCGAGGCCGCAAAGCCAAAGAGAGAAGUUCUGCAUCACAUCUACCACCAGGCUGAGGUGCACGCCUCGGAAACGCCACAGGCAAAGGUCGAGCCAACGAGCAAUCUCCAAGUGGUGCCGGCCAUCAGCACGGAGACCAUCAGCUCGACAUCCGGGAACAGCACUAGGUUGGACACUUUACUGGUUUCAAUUGACGGAGAUGAGGUGAUGAUGAUUUGGAAUGCGAAUACAGGAGCGCAUGCUGGCAAGAACUACAGCAAGAGCAAAGCGGCAGGCAAGCUUAACAAUGUCUACUGGCUUAACGACCAGGUCAUUGUAUCCCUGAGUCGCCAUCAGCUGUUCUUCUGGUCACUUGAGUUUGAACGGAAGAUGCUUCGCUACAAGAUCAGCAGGGACAAAACACACAGUUGCCAGCUGCAAGACAUUGUAUCGUUUUCGUGUGACUCUAGCAAAGAGAUAAUUUGGCUGUGCAGGAACAAUCGACAGAUUGGAAUGAUGAAUCCCCUGACUGGCCAAGUCAGUGCCUUCUACGGCACAGUGGCAUUCGGAGUGCGAGCUAUGGCCGAGUGUCCGGAUGAUAUGAACAAAAUCGCUUUGGGUUGUUCGGACCGUAGAGUGGCCUUUUUCGACAUAUCGAAGCUCUCGACCAGCUGCCUUCCCAUCGAUAGCGUCUAUGUGACCAGUAAUGUUUACUCAUUGGCCUGGAGUCCGAACUGCUUGGAACUGGCCUUUGGCACCUUCGACGGAACGGUGGGAAUCCUUGAUGUGGAGCGCAUGAAGGUGAAGACCCAUUUACGGACGCCCCAUAAGAAGGAAGUCUACUCCCUGGUGUGGCAGGACCACUACAUUUACUUCAUUGUCAAUCGAGUUUUCGGGUUUUUCGACUUAACAAGAUCAAAAACCGAACCCAUUGUUGUGAACUGCAUCUCUCGGCCAAGUUACCUCAGCGUGCGUGGAUCCUUCCUUUUUGUGGGCACCGAUGAUGGACUACUGCAGCUCCAUGAGCGAGAUUCGGGAAUGGACAAGUCCUGGACUCCGUUCAUCCGCCAGUCAGCUUUAUUUGCUCGUUAUGUGACCGAUAUAGCCUGGAACCCAUUGGAUAGCAAUACGUUUGCAGUGGCCGGCAACGACAAGUUUGUGUACGUGAUGGAGUUCCAACCGUCGGAGCGCAAAUGGAUAACGCAGCACACUUUCACGGCAAAUGCGGAGAAGGCUUCGAUAACCUCGCUGAAGUGGAGCCAUAGCCAAAAGCAUUUGCUGCUCACCUUCCACAUCGAGGGAAAGGUGUGCCUUUGGAACUGCAACGAACCGGAGAAGCCACCACUGACCAUCACCUACCACUGCCCCAUGUGGUGCGGAAUGUUUUUGCCCACCGACGAGAACAUCAUUAUGUGCUCAGGAAAGGCGCUCUCCGUGGAGCUACUCGACAUCAAAGACGCCUUGUCCGGCGAUGAGAAAAACAUCUGCCCCAAGGUGGAUGCCCUGUUAAACGUUAAGUGGGCUAGCAAAUCCCUGACGCAGCCCUUUGCCCCAGUUCUUUCAGCGGCUGACAAAAAGCGGCAAAAGCGCGAGCAACGCAAAGUGGCGGCUAAGCUAGAAGCUGAGCCAGCCAACAAGGAGGUGAAGAAGAUUCAGGAGUCGGACUCAUCAGUGAAAAAACUCCCUGUUAAGGAUACACCUGUUAAUGAGACUCCAGUAGAGGAGAUGCUGGGCGCUCUCGACUUGAACAAAACGACUAACAAAAUGAAUACUAGGGAGUGCAUAAAGUGCAAGGAACUGGAGGCCAAACAGCCUCCCGACAGUUUCCUGACUCAUAGCCGCACCUGUCUCUACCUCGCCCAGAAAGAGCUCAACAAGAGCGCCCUGGAGAAACUGGCCAUUGUUCUUACAGAAGAUGCGGCCAAGAUUGACAAGUCAGUGCUGAUGUCCAAGCUUUUUAGUACCAAGGUUAUGGCUAAAGAGCUCAUUGCAACAGAGUUGACCAAUUUGAAGCACUCGAACACAAAAGACAUAGCCCCGCUUUGUCUGGCCAUAUCUACGUUCAAGUUGCGAGAGGAACUGGAGCAGCAUAUGGCUAACAAGACGCUUACCGAAUGGCAUCUCUCGGUGGCUCCCUCAGUGUCUUUUACGUUUUGGCAGGAGUGCUGUCGCGCUUAUGCCAAACAGAUGGAAGAAAAGGGGUUCAUCAUGCACGCAGCCACGUAUCUCUUUAGCCUGGGAAUGCAAUCAGAAGCCAUUGAUCUAUUCCUGGCCAACGAGUAUUACAAAGAGGCCCUGGUUCAUGCCCGCAUAUGCUUGCCAGCGACGGAUCCCUUGAUCAAAACCAUAAUUAACAGGUGGCUCGAGAAUCUAGAAGGCACGGGCAAUUUCGCUGCGGCAGCCCUGAUAUGCGUACUGGACAACGAGAUGCUGCGUGGCUACUCUUAUUUAAGGAAGUUCCGUAACUGCACCCCCGAGAUCGCCGAACUAAUGGACCAAAUCAAGCGGAUUGGCCAGCUGAGCGGAGUGUUAGAUGGUUGUGCUAACACUGAGACGAUUCAGAAUGGAUCUUCUGCCGACCAUUGAGCCAAAAAGAAUAGCGGUUUAAGCAUAGUUUUAGCUGAAACAGGCUGUAUUAGAUGUAUACGUUUGAAAUCGCCCCGAUACAAUCAUUAAGCUAUUAUCUAUUAGCUAGGCAUUUAAAACUUUUGAUUCGUGAAUUUACCUACUUUUCGUACUCAUAGAUAGCCAGAGACUGAGUGGAAUUGAAAACCAUUUAAGUUGCCAUUUGAAUACCAAUAUUUGAAUUUAAUUUAACCUGAAGAAAGGAGGAAAAUACCUCGAGAAAAACAUAUAUAUCAAUGGCACAAUAGCUAGUAAAGAAACACACACAAAUUGAAUUUCGAAUAAACGAAAACGAGAAAAAAAGAAA